AUGACGCUAGCGGACAUCGCUUAUUUCGUGGGCGAGAUCGUCGUCGUCACCUUCAUCGGCGGCUCCGCCUUCUACUUCGUCAAGGGCACUCUGCGGAGCUCCUCGGAGGGCAGCCGCCUCGCCGGCGGCGUCCAGGCGGUCGUCGUCAACAAGCCCCGCGUCGGCCGCUGGGCGGCCUGGCUGGGCGUUGAAGCAGCCAUCGAGGACGGUAUGCGGGAGACGCGCGGCGUCGAUGACCCGUUGAAUGUGGCCGUCGCGUGGGGCGCCGCCAACGCCCUCUUCUCCGUGCACCGGGGAUCGCGCGCCGCCGUCCGCGAGGGGCUCAAGGGCGCCGUAUACGGCGGGGCCGUGUGGUUCGUCGUCUCCGGCCUCGAUGCCUUCAUGGAGUCUCGCAAAGUUAGUUAG